ACAGAGGUGAGUGACGACAUGGGGGAGCCAGCCCAGGGGCGAGAAGAGCUCUCCCGCCCGGGGAGCGGAGGAGGCGCACGAGAAGGCGGUGCCUUUCGGAGGAAGUUUGCGCACCGACUGAAGAGGAGAGAGAGAAAAACACCCCCCUGAUCCGAAGCGGCUGAGCGGCUCUUGAGAAGAGGCGCGCAGCUCCCCCACGCCAGCCGCCUCUCCUGCAGACCGGCCCCGGGAGCGCUCGGAGCCGCUCUCGCCUUCCCGCAGCUCGUGUCCGGCGCUGUAGCCCCUGCCCGCGCCAUGGGCGGCUCUGCCUCCAGCCUGCUGGACGAGAGCAAAUGCAGCUACAUCCGAGGGAAAACCCAGGCUGUAAUCAAAAACUUCAGCCCACACUACCAACGCCAGUAUGCUGUUGCUUUUUGUAAGCACAUACAAAAUGAACUGGAACAGCACCGAAACUUCCAGUCUCAAUUCCUGAAAACCAAGCCCCCUGUGGAAUCUGGGAUGAUCUUGUAUGAAGCAGAGUUGUUGCAUUUUGCUGAAGAUCUGAAGAAAUGGAAGGAGAGAUAUAUUGUGAUCAGAAACGACUAUGCAGUGCAAAGCUUUGAGAGCAAAGAGGCUUACCAGAAGGGAGUCAGCCCUAAAUAUCGUAUUCUUCCUGCAGGAGGCAAAGUACUGACCUCAGAAGAAGAUUACAAUUUGCUGUCUGAUAAGCAUUUUCCAGACCCAGUUGCUUCUAAUGAGAAGGAAAAUGCCCAGGCAUUUGUUCUCCUGCCAAAAGAGUUUCCAGUUUACCUGUGGCAGCCCUACCUCAAACACAGUUACUACUGUUUCGAGGAUCCAGAAGCUCAGAAACAAUUUAGUGCAGUGCUGAAUGACUGUGUCAGACACUUAAACCAAGAUUUUCUCAAGCAGACCACGUUUGACGCGCAGGCAUUUUUAGAAGCUGUCCAGUUCUUCCGUCAGGAGAAAGGCCACUAUGGGUCUUGGGAAAUGAUAACUGGCAAUGAAAUUCAGAUCUUGAGCAACCUUGUGAUGGAGGAGCUCCUGCCUAACCUUCAGACCAUGCUCCUGCCUAAAAUGAAAGGAAAGAGGAAUGAUAAGAAGAGGGUUUGGUUUGCGAUUGUAGAAGAAACAUACAAUCUGGUCCAGGAGCAGGUUUCAGAAGGAUUAAACACCUUGAAGGAAGAAUGUAAAGAUCUUACAAAGAAUCUAGAAGGAACCAUUCGUUCAGACAUGGAUCAGAUUUUGAACUCAAAGAACUAUUUAGCUGGAAAAAUCAAAGCAACAGUCUCCGAGCCUGCUGAGAAGUGCUGCAUGGAGAAUAUCCAGCCAUUUUUGCCUUCCAUAUUGGAAGAGCUCAUGGGCCCAGUGAGCUCUGGAUUCAGUGAAGUCCGUUUGCUCUUUGAAAAAGAAGUUAAUGAGAUCAGCCAGGACUUCCAGAAGACAAAUGAUGCCACAAAGCUGAAGGAAAAUUUGAAGCAGCUGAUGAACCUGCCAUUCAACUCUGUGAAAAUGGAACCUUGCUAUCUGAAAGUCAAUCUCCUCCAGGAACAACUCCAGGACCUCAAAAGCCGCUUCAAAUUCUACCAUAUUGAUUUUGUGGUUCAGAGGACGCAGAACUUCAUGCAGGAGCUUAUGGAAAAUGCAGUGUAUACUUUUGAACAACUUCUCAGUCUGAGUAGCCAAGGAGAUACAGUGAAAAUUUCAACUGCCAUUGAAAAAGUCAAACUACGAGUACUGAAGCAAUAUGAUUAUGACAGCAGUACUAUACGGAAGAAAAUAUUUCAGGAAGCAUUGGUACAAAUCACAUUGCCCACAAUGCAGAAGACACUGGCUUCAGCUUGCAAACCAGAGUUGCAGAAAUAUGAACAGUACAUCUUUGCUGAUUACACCAGAGUGAUACAAGUAGAGAAUGUCUAUGAAGAGAUUUUAUUUCAGACAUUGCUUGAUGAAACCCUAAAAGUAAUAAAAGAAGCUGCCAUUCUGAAGAAACACAACCUUUUUGAGGACAACGUAAACUUGCCUUAUGAAAGUGUGUCCAGUUUAACUGACUUGAAGACCCCUUCAGGAUCAGCACAAGCCAGUCCUGCUAAGAAACUGUCCACCACUUUAACAGAAACAUCAGAUACUGAAACUCAAAGUAAUGAACUGCUUGUUGUGUCAGAAAAAAUGAUCCAGGAGAAGUGUCAUGAUGCUAGAAAGCCAUCAGACAAUGAAGAAGCAGUUUAUGUCAAUGUGUCUAGCAGUCCCGCAAUUAGUAGAGAAAAGGUGAUCAUUACAGACAUCACUGACAAACCAGCGUCUCAUCCUUUUACUCCUAAGGAAGAAAAGGAUGUGGAGGAAAUAACUUCCCAGAAUGAAAAUGCAGUGGAGACCAAGUUUGGAGGGAACACUGAAAAAGAAAAUAAGGUACAAGAAGAGGAGAGAAGUCUUACAGUCCCUGGUACUGUGAAUGAGAUCAGAAGCUUGCUGAUGGUGACAGUUGAAUUACCAGCAGUUGCUCCAUCUGAGAACAAAAAGGAAGUGGCAAAUGAAUAUGAAAUUUUGAAGUGGCAAGAACAUGGUGAAGAGAGUGAUGAAAACAGCAAAACUAAUGCAGAAACCGAUCAAACAGACCAGGUAGUGAAUAAAGAAGUAGAACAUUCUGAGCUGAAGGUGGAGCAGCCACCUCCAUCCAGUUUUGGUACAGGUGAUAUGAAAUCAAUGAUCAUUUCAGAGGCAGGCAACCAUGCGACUCAAGCAGAAUGUUUGGAGGUUGCUGAAAAACUGGAUAUGUCUCAAAAGUCAAAGGCAGAAAUGGAGACUAACCAAAGUGUCUGGUAUACUGGUCUGGAAAGCUGCAAAGGUCUUCAUGACAAAUCGCAACCAGAGGCACACACCGAAAGCAUAGUUGGAGACAGAAGAUCUGAUCUGGAGGAAGCAGGUGAAGAUCACAUUCAUGCUGACCCAAUGGAAACAGAGGUUGAGAGCUUUCCUGGGUGUUCUGCUGAAAGUCCUGAUGCAAUACAAGUACCCAUUCUGAGUAUUGAAAACUUAAGAAUAGAAACAACUAAUGAUUUUCAGGUUUCACUAGUGCUAGAGGAAGAUGAGCUUAGCACGGCAGAGGUUACAGUCGAUAUUAAAUCUGAAAGCUUUCCUGUUACUGUAACUGAUGAGUGUCAGCCAGCAGGUGCACCUUCUCUACGUGCUGAAAUCACAAGCUCCGUAGGAAGUGAAACUGUCACACAAGAAAACAGUGAGGACAGUUGUACAGAGCAGCACUCUGAAGAGUAAAAAGUGUUCUUCAGAAAUAUACAGCCCAAUCCUGCAGCCAUUACUCGCUCCAGCAGUUCUCUUGAAAUCAGGAAUAUUCACGAGUAAAGACUGCAGGAAUGGGCCUAAUUGCAGUGUUGCCAACUCUUGCAGUUUUAUCACAAGUUUUGCAGUACUUGGAGGGUUUUGUUGCAGGCCCAGUUGUUGGAAUCAGGUUAUUACCUGCGAAUCUCAGCUUUCAUUUUAAAAAAAGGUAAAUUUCUAGCCCUCAUUGUGGAGAAAAGCUUGAAAGCAUGACUCCCUAAAUGCUUGAACACGUCAAGGCAAAUAAAAAGAAUCAAAAAUUUAUAAAUCUCACAAAUUUUAAGACAACUUUAUAUUUUUUCGGGGGCCGACUCAUGUUUUUUGAAUGGUUGGGAUUGGCAAUAUUACAACUGGUCUUAACCGAAGUUAGUCAAUCAAAAUGUUAUUAAAUGAAUUAAUUUAGGAUCUGCAUUCAGUGUGUUAGAAGGAAAACAUUUAAAUCUCUCAAGUAAUUAAACAGGAAACAAAUAAUUAGUAGGUUGUUCAGCAGCCAAAUUGCAUGUAAACUUUGAAUUUUGCAAGCCAACUGAUUACUUAAGUAUCUUAAAGUUUUGACAGAGAUUAAGACAAUGAAAUGUUCUGAUUUUUUUGCUAUAUUUAAAACUGGGAAAACACUGGGAGCAGGUUUCUCAAUCCCACUCUGCACUUCUGGGUUACACAGCCUUUCAGAGCACUUUACAGCUAUUUUCUUUCUUUUCUUUUUUUGGAUCUAAUGAGAAUAUUUACAAUAAAACCAGCUAGCACCCUUAUGCAGCACCUACCUACUGCACUUCCUAGUAUACAGUACAUUCACCCACAAUCCAAAAUACUAAGGUCUGAACUGCAGUACUGCCACACGCAUAAGACUGUAUCACCAAAUCUCAAAAGCAUGUGAAAUCAGAACGAAGUAUGAAAUGUCCCAUAUACCAUAAUCAUACCAUUUACUCUCCAAUUUCUUGAUGCAAUGGAAGGGAAAGUAGUUAAGGAAUAGCCAGUUGUGCUUAGGUUUUGGGAGACAAACUGGUCAUAUUUUCAAAAGUAGCUUCAAAAAUCAGCAAUGCACAGAAAAUCAUAGAGGUGAAAAAUGGAGUUUUAGUAAGUUGAGCAUUAAAAUUGUAUCUGCAAUUUUAGAGGUUGGUUUGAGAUACCUUAAAAGUUUGGCCCAGGGAAUAAGUACAAUUUAAUGUGAGUAAGGGUUGCAGAAUUGGACCCAUAAAGAAUAAUACUGGAAAGUAAUGUCCUUUUCAAGCGAUAAUAAAGAUCUGACAGCAUAACCUCAGUCUUGUUGGCAUUUAACUGUAGGAAAUUUUGUAAGGUCCAUAGCAUGAGACAAUCAAACUGUUAUAUAGUACUAACAGGGAAGUGACACUAUCUGAACAGACAAACAUCUGUUUGGAAAUGCCAUGAUAUUGGUUAACUUGAUCAAGUGGAAGGUUGCUGUUGUGAAAUAAAUGCUACUACAAGGAGUAUUUAUACAUCAUAAUUAUAGGAAUAAAGUCAAAUACCAGAUUUUUUGGAGGACUGGUCAUGAAUGUUUGUUUGAUGCAGAAAUGUUCAUACUAAAGUGUCACACAACCAACUGUCAACUAACUGUCUUAUGGAUCAUUCCAGAUUUUUAUUGAUACUGAACAUUAAGGAGUGAUUUCAACUGUGCUUGACAAUUAAUCAGUGCAUGUCUCUUGUAACCCUUUCUUUGGUUGAAGGACAUAUUUCCAGUUUAGAAUACUGUGUGAUAGAAGAAUAGCAGGAUAGUAGCAAUUAUCUCCUACAUACAAGACUGCAUUUUACAACUAAAGCUAUUUAGAAAUGAAAUUCUUUUGAUGUACUUUCUAUAUCGGGGUAGGCAACCUAUGGCACAUGUGCAAAAGGUGGCACGCAAGCUGAUUUUCAGUGGCACUCACACUGCCCGGUUCCUGACCACUGGUCCUGGGGGCCCUGCAUUUUAAUUUAAUUUUAAAUGAAGCUUCUUAAACAUUUUAAAAACCUUAUUUGCUUUACAUACAACAAUAGUUUAGUUAGACUUAUAGAAAGAGACCUUCUAAAACCUUUAAAAUGUAAUACCAGCACGCGAAACCUUAAAUUAGAGUGAAUAAAUGAAGACUUGGCACACCACUUCUGAAAGGUUGCCGACCCCUGAAUCUAUAUGUACAGAACAAAAGAGAAUUUAACAUAAACGUUCUCCUCCAAAGUAAUAUUUAAUCAUUCACAUUACAGGUUUAGAUUUAGGGAAAUACUUCUCUGUAGACACCUGGUAAUUCGGUGUUGACUACAAAUGUUUAGUGUGGUUGGUUUUUUUGUAAGUAGAAUAGGGAAGAACUGAGAAGACUCAUCUCAUAUAUUAUCUUUUGUUCUACAGUUUUGAAUUCAGGUUAUUCAUAUCAGUAGGUGUUUGUUCUGUGUUUUUAUUUACAUUUUUCUUGGUUUCUUAUGUACUAAGAUUAAGGAUAAACAGUUGCAUGCCCCACCUCAACAUAGUCUUGGAACAUAAAAUGUAUUUGCUUUAUUCUGAAUGGAGUAGCACAAAGCAGUCUAUGGUGUCAAGGAUCUGUCCCCUGGUAUUUCCAUCAUUGGAAGGUUGCUUUGGACCUUUGAUCAAUAGAAAUAGUUUAUUGAUUAAUCAUAAUUUUUUGUGUGCAAUUUUCUUAGCAUUUCCAGCAACAUUAUCCAGAUUGAAUUUUCUUAAAGUACAGCUAAUAAGACUUAUUCCUUUACCUCAUAAGUUGGGGGUGUAAGAAUUAAUUGGUUAAGAGUUCUAAAGUGCAUUGAAGAGGAAAAGAGCUAUAUAUGUAUUAAGUAUUGUUGUUGUUGUUAUUAUUAUAUUUCUAUUGACUACCAGCUUGAGUAGACAAAACAAGAAACACAUUAUAACUUGCUUAUAACUUUGUAAAGUGCUUAUAACUAAAUAAAAUAUGGUCAUCCCUUUCA